AUGCUCCAGAGGCAGAGCCGGGACCCCGCAGCCCAUGGAGCAGCUCUGCCCAUGGCUCACAAUGACUCUCGCUCCUUCUUCAACCUGUCCCAGCUGGUGCUCUCUGCUGGCCAGAUCAAACCAUCGCCGGCGCUCAAGCAUUCAAAAAUCACCUACUUUGAAGUAGAGAUUGUUGAUGUGCAGAGCAAGAAGCAGAUCUGCAUUGUGGACAAGGUACCUCCGGCAUCUACCAUUCUUGAUGUGAAAAACAAAUUCCACAAAGCAUGUCCCCAGUGGUACCCAUCCCGUGUUGGCCUGCAACUGGAACACAACGGGCCCUUUUUGAAGGAUUCCAUCAGCAUCCAAAGCCUUGCUGUCUCCUCCAUCAUUACACUGUAUUUCACAGACCUGGGUCAGCAGGUUGGUUGGACCACGUUUUUUCUAACAGAAUACACCGGGCCUCUUCUCAUAUAUCUGCUCUUCUACAUUCGCCUCUCGACUAUUUAUGAUCAAGUGGAAAGCAGGAAGAACUUCCGCCACCCAGUGGUUCACUUGGCCUGCUUCUGUCACUGUUUACACUACAUCAGGCAUCUUCUGGAGACAUUAUUUGUUCACAAGUUUUCGGAAGGGCACACUCCUCUGAAAAAUAUGAUAAAGGGCUGUGCCUUUUACUGGGGAUUCACAUCCUGGAUUGCAUACUACAUCAACCACCCACGGUACACGCCGCCAUCAUUUGGCCACAAACAAGUUUCUUAUGCUGCUCUUGCUUUUCUGAUGUGUGAAGCUGGAAAUCACUUUAUCAAUGUAGCUUUAGCUCACCAAACCAAUUCAGGAAAUAGAACCUGUUUUCCAAGUCCAACCUACAACCCCUUCACGUGGCUCUUCCUGCUGGUAUCCUGUCCCAACUACACAUAUGAGGCUGGGUCUUGGAUUAGUUUCACGGUGAUGACACAAACUCUGCCAGUUGGCGUCUUUGCUUUCCUGAUGGUCAUCCAGAUGUCUCUGUGGGCCCAGAAGAAACACAAGCUGUAUCUGAAGAGAUUUUACCCAGAAGUGCGGAGAAAAGCAGCUAUGAUCCCCAUCAUCUUCUGA